GGCAGCCCCUCCCCCUGCCAGGUCCGGGCGGGCUCCCGGCGCCGCCGGAGUUUCCGCACCCGGGAGGGAGAUGCGGUCGCGGCUCGGGCUCCUUGCAGAUUCCUAACCAGCAUAAUGCUGGAGCCGGAGGCCACCAGCCUGCAGUUUUCAGAAUGGCCGAGUUGGAUGCCGAUUUGGAUCACAUCCUUCCCUCUCCUGUUCUUCCUCCUUUCUGGGCUAAGUUAGUAGUGGGAUUGGUGGCCAUUGUGUGUUUUGCACGGAGCUAUGAUGGAGACUUUGUCUUUGAUGAUUCAGAAGCUAUUGUUAACAAUAAGGACCUCCAAGCAGAAACACCCCUCGGCGACCUGUGGCACCAUGACUUCUGGGGCAGUCGACUGAGCAGCAACACCAGCCACAAGUCCUACCGACCUCUCACUGUCCUGACUUUCAGGAUUAACUACUACCUGUCGGGAGGCUUCUACCCCAUGGGCUUUCACGUGGUCAACAUCCUCCUUCAUGGUGGCAUCUCUGUCCUCAUGGUGGACGUCUUCUCGGUUCUGUUUGGUGGCCUACAGUACACCAGUAAAGGCCGGAGGCUACACCUCGCCCCCAGGGCGUCCCUGCUGGCUGCACUGCUGUUUGCUGUCCAUCCUGUGCACACCGAAUGUGUUGCUGGUGUUGUCGGCCGUGCAGACCUCCUGUGUGCCCUGUUCUUCUUGUUAUCUUUCCUUGGCUACUGUAAAGCAUUUAGAGAAAGUACCAAGGAGGGAACAUAUUCUUCCACCUUCUGGGUGCUGCUGAGUAUCUUUCUGGGAGCAGUGGCCAUGCUGUGCAAAGAGCAAGGGAUCACCGUGCUGGGUUUGAAUGCAGUAUUUGACAUCUUGGUGAUAGGCAAAUUCAAUGUUCUGGAAAUUGUCCAGAAGGUACUACAUAAGGACAAGUCAUUAGAGAAUCUUGGCAUGCUCAGGAAUGGGGGCCUCCUCUUCAGAAUGACCCUGCUCACCUCCGGCGGGGCCGGGAUGCUCUAUGUGCGCUGGAGGAUCAUGGGCACCGGCCCGCCCGCCUUCACCGAGGUGGACAACCCGGCCUCCUUUGCCGACAGCGUGCUGGUGAGGGCCAUAAACUAUAAUUACUACUAUUCAUUGAAUGCCUGGCUGCUGCUGUGUCCCUGGUGGCUGUGUUUUGAUUGGUCAAUGGGCUGCAUCCCCCUCAUUAAGUCGGUCAGCGACUGGAGGGUAAUUGCACUUGCAGCACUCUGGUUCUGCCUAAUUGGCCUAAUAUGCCAAGCCCUGUGCUCUGAAGAUGGCCACAAGAGAAGGAUCCUUACUCUGGGCCUGGGAUUUCUCGUUAUCCCAUUUCUCCCCGCGAGUAACCUGUUCUUCCGAGUGGGCUUUGUGGUUGCGGAGCGAGUCCUCUACCUCCCCAGCGUCGGGUACUGUGUGCUGCUGACUUUUGGAUUUGGAGCCCUGAGCAAACACACCAAGAAAAAGAAACUCAUCGCAGCUGUCGUGCUGGGGAUCGUACUCAUCAACAUGCUGAGGUGCGUGGUGCGCAGUGGCCAGUGGCGGAGUGAGGAACAGCUUUUCAGAAGCGCCCUGUCUGUGUGUCCCCUCAAUGCUAAGGUUCACUACAACAUUGGCAAAAACCUGGCUGAUAAAGGCAACCAGACAGCCGCCAUCAGAUAUUACCGGGAAGCUGUAAGAUUAAAUCCCAAGUAUGUUCAUGCCAUGAAUAAUCUUGGAAAUAUCUUAAAAGAAAGGAAUGAACUACAGGAAGCUGAGGAGCUGCUGUCUUUGGCUGUUCAAAUACAGCCAGACUUUGCUGCUGCAUGGAUGAAUCUAGGCAUAGUGCAGAACAGCCUGAAACGGUUUGAAGCAGCCGAGCAAAGUUACCGGACGGCGAUUAAACACAGAAGGAAAUACCCAGAUUGUUACUACAACCUCGGGCGUCUGUAUGCAGAUCUCAAUCGCCAUGUGGAUGCCUUGAAUGCAUGGAGAAAUGCCACCGUGCUGAAACCAGAGCACAGCCUGGCCUGGAACAACAUGAUAAUACUCCUCGACAAUACAGGUAAUUUAGCCCAAGCUGAAGCAGUUGGAAGAGAGGCACUGGGAUUAAUACCUAAUGAUCACUCUCUCAUGUUCUCGUUGGCAAACGUGCUGGGGAAAUCCCAGAAAUACAAGGAAUCUGAAGCUUUAUUCCUCAAGGCAAUUAAAGCAAAUCCAAAUGCUGCAAGUUACCAUGGUAAUUUGGCUGUGCUUUAUCAUCGCUGGGGACAUCUAGACUUGGCCAAGAAACACUAUGAAAUCUCCUUGCAGCUUGACCCCACGGCAUCAGGAACUAAGGAGAAUUAUGGUCUGCUAAGAAGAAAGCUAGAACAAAUGCAAAAGAAAGAUGUCUGAUCCUUUUUCCUUCAUGUUUUGAGUUUGCGCGUGUGUGUGCAUGAGGCAUAUCAUUAAUAAUAUGUGGUUACAUUUAACCAUUUAAAAGUCUUAGACAUGUUAUUUAUUUUGUUGAUUUUUCUAUGAAAACAGACAUGCAAAAAGAUUACAACACCAGCAAUAUACUCUUGAAUGCUUGAUGUGACUUUUGCAUUGAAAUUGUAUUUUUUCAGACAACUCAAAUGUAAUUCUAAGAUCCAAAAAGUCGUCUUUUUUUAAUUAAACAGAAAAAGAGAAAAAAUUAUCUUGAGCAACUUUUAGUAGAAUUGAACAUACAUUUAGGAUCUGAGCCUUGCCGUGUAUGGACCAGCACUACUAAACUUCAGUUAUGGCCGAGAAAGGACAGACUGACUCCUACAAUUUGUAUAAAUAAUGAACGUGUCUGUAUAUUAGCAUUUUUAUUUAAUGACAAAACAAAUUAAGAUUCUUGUUUUUUAUCUCUCUUUUUUUUAAACAAUAUACUGUGAACUUCAUUUGUAAGGAAAUAUUUAUUUGUAUUUUUAUGUUUUGAAUAGGGCAAAUGAUGAGGAAUGGAAAUUUUAACAUUAAUAUAUCUAUUUGCUUUUCCCCACAGGAAGAAAUUGACUCUUGCAGUAGUUUUUGGAUGCUCUGACUUGUGCAAUUUCAAUAUAAAGGAGGUUAUAUAUAAUAUUUUACAUAGACGGUUACUAUCAAUAGAAAGUUGAAGCCACACUUCAGGCAAGAGCAGGCAGCCUCACAUCGUUAUUUUUGUUACGUCCAGGGUUAAGAGGGCAACACAUCUACGUAAGCUGCUUUUUAGUGUUUUUAACUGUAAAGCCAUUUUCCAUUCUGCUUAAUGAAACUACAGACAUUAUCCAGAAAAUGCAAAAUUUUUCUCUCAAAUGGAGCCACAUUCGGGGAAUUUGUGGUAUUUUUAGGAAUUGAGUUGUUCCUGCUGUUUUAUUUCAUCCAAACAAUGUUUUCUUCUCUGUAUGCUGUUGACCGAAUAAUUUAUGCAAUCUCUAUAAUUUCUUAUGCAGUAAAAUUAUUACACAAACUAGCAUGAAAAUGUCA